UGUGUUGACAUGCUCUGCACCUUGCUCCUGCCCUCGCCUUUCACUCUUAUUAUCCCCCCGAUACCCCGAUCAUUCCUGACAGCUCGGGAGUGCCUGGAUUUCAUCAUCCAGCCCUGCAGGAUGCUCCCCUUUGUUCUGAGGAAGGCUGUCCCAGACAGAGAGGAGGACAUGGAGGUAGAUACCAAGAUUGAUAUGGAGGAGGUGAUGGAAAUAGAUGGAGAAGACCCUGGAGAGGGAAAGAUGGAUGUGGAUGUGGAUGUGGAUGUGGAUGAGGAAGAAGAGAUGGACGUGGAUGUGACUAAGGAGGAAGAGAUGGAUGUGGAUAUGGAAGAGUACAUUGAGGACAUGGAUAUUGAUUAAGAAGGUGCGAUGGACAUCACCGACAGAGACACCACCCUUGUGUAUAUUUGUUCUACACUUAGUUGUUGUUCUUUAGAAUGUAGAUUUUAGGGC